AUGUUCAAGUUGUUGUUGUGCGCACUCUUCGCCGUGGCGGCAGCCGAACCGGGGAUAUUGAUAUCUCCUUCAUAUGUGGAAACCUACUCGGCUCCAGCGACCACCACCGUUACGAGACAUGCCAGCAGUCACAGUGUCAUCAAUACACCCUACUAUUAUCCCCAGGGUAUUAUCCCCGGUUAUCUCAAUGAAAAUCUGCACUUCAUCAAGAAACGGUCCGCUCCUCUCAUCAGCACCUACGGUUUCCCAACAACUUACUUAGCUGGUACACCUUGGACUAACGGCUACUCAUCGUUCAUCCGCUCCAACCCCCUUAUCUCUUACUCACCUAUCCAAUACACUCCCGGUCACUUGAUUAAGAAGCGGUCUGCUGUUUUCGCCGUACCUUCCACCUACUAUACAUCUACUCCUUACGCGUCUUCUUCAUACUACAUCCCCAACUCCUAUGCAACGACCUAUUCCUCUGCUCUGCUCCAUAACACCCCCCUUAUCUCUACAUAUGGUGCUCAACCGCAUUUCAUCAAGAAGAGGUCAGCUGCGUGGGCCCCUACGUCCUACGCACCGUUCGCUUCAAGCUACAUAGCGUCUGGUCCUCUAGCAACCACUUACUCCACGGCUAUCCUACCUAACAACUAUCCAUACUGGUCUUCAUACGCUGCCCUUCCCAUCUUCAAGAAGAAGUAA